AAUGUAUAUAAACGUUUGUUAUUGUUAAUAAGAAGUACUGGCAAACAUUCAGCAGCAACAUGUUGCUAUCACGAGCCUGGGAACGCGACGGCAUGCCAAUGCGCAUGCGCACCGCUUGACAUUUUGAAGUGGCUCCUCCGGGGUGUUUGAACAGGAAGGCGGACAUGUUGGCCAGCUUAUGGAAGAAAAUUGGGCAUCGUCUACUGUUUCCCUUCAACUAUAGCAACUAAAAUACAUCUUACGUCCAGUUCACAGGAGACAGAGCUGGGGGAUAACGCCGUUUUGGACUUGGAAGCUGUCGACAGUCGACGACACCGCAGAAAGGGGCUGCACCAGAACCGUUAAACGGCGUACACACUUGGCGUUUGAACUGAAAUUUGCAAGAAGCAGAAGUUUUUUUUCUGCUCCACUUCCACCACUUCUUCUUUUGAGCUGUCAGAUUACUUUGUCUCUUUCCCUGCAAAGACCUGGAACAAAAAUGGGAACAGGCCUGGACUAACUGUGACGCAAAGUGUGUCUACAAAGUGCGAUGUUUUAACUGCAUGUUUUGUUUGAAUGCAACAUUUUAUUCGAAGUUGUUGUUAUCCCGUGUGGCCAUCCUGUGGAGGCUGACGAGUCUGUCGCUGCAUUGACAAUUUUUGCCCACUCAAGUUUGUUUGCCAGCCACGUUGGGAAGUAUCUUUCACACCAAAAAAGCCCCAACAAAAAAUGUGGCUUUUGUACAUCCAGCGGAACCUCCAACGUUUUAUUGUAUGUGAACCAUCCAGGAGAACGAUGUGUUUUCUUUAAGUUGACGCGGAAAAGUUGACACGAAGAAAAAAAAGAACAUUUGGCUAGCUAGCUGGCUAGCUAGCUAUCCGUUGGCUUGCUAACGCUAGCUAGCCUCGCUAGUGUUGAGCUCCUUGUUGUUUUUUUUUUUUGUUCCCAACAAGACAUAAUCUGGACUUCGUUCAAAGGCGAAGAUGUCUUCCAGGGAAAGUAUGGAGGCUCGAUUUGAGAAGAUCGAUGCCAUGCUGCAGGACCCCAAGUCGGAAAUAAACACGGAUUGUCUUCUGGACGGUCUGGAUGCGCUUGUGUACGACCUGGACUUUCCUGCCCUGAGGAAAAACAAGAGUAUUGACAACUUCUUGAAUAGAUAUAAAGAUACUAUUAGUAAAAUUCGGGACCUGCGUAUGAAAGCGGAAGACUAUGAAGUGGUCAAGGUCAUUGGGAGAGGUGCAUUUGGGGAGGUGCAGCUGGUGAGACACAAAGCCACAAGCAAAGUGUACGCCAUGAAGCUGCUAAGUAAGUUUGAGAUGAUCAAAAGGUCGGACUCUGCUUUCUUCUGGGAGGAGAGAGACAUCAUGGCCUUUGCCGACAGCUCCUGGGUGGUCCAGCUAUUUUUUGCAUUUCAAGACGAUCGCUACCUCUACAUGGUGAUGGAGUACAUGCCCGGCGGAGACUUAGUCAACCUGAUGAGCAAUUACGACGUGCCGGAGAAGUGGGCUCGCUUUUACACAGCAGAAGUGGUGCUGGCUCUGGAUGGUAUCCACGCCAUGGGCUUCAUUCACAGGGACGUAAAGCCUGAUAACAUGUUGCUGGACAAAGCAGGCCACUUAAAACUGGCAGAUUUUGGGACCUGCAUGAAAAUGAACAAGGACGGUAUGGUACGAUGCGACACAGCAGUGGGAACGCCGGACUACAUUUCGCCGGAGGUACUGAAAUCCCAAGGAGGGGACGGCUAUUAUGGCAGAGAGUGCGACUGGUGGUCAGUGGGAGUGUUCCUGUACGAAAUGCUAGUUGGCGACACGCCGUUUUAUGCUGACUCGCUGGUCGGCACCUACAGCAAAAUCAUGAACCAUAAGAAUGCUCUGACCUUUCCCGAUGACAGCGACAUCUCCAACGACGCCAAGAACCUUAUCUGUGCCUUCUUGACGGACAGGGACAUCCGCCUGGGUAGGAAUGGUGUCGAUGAAAUCAAGAGGCAUCCUUUCUUCAAGAAUGAUCAGUGGACAUGGGAGAACAUUAGAGAAACGGCGGCCCCUGUGGUGCCUGAGCUGAGCAGCGACAUUGACACCAGUAACUUUGAUGACAUAGAAGAGGACCGUGGUGAAGAAGAGACAUUCCCAAUACCAAAGGCCUUUGUGGGCAACCAGCUCCCCUUUGUGGGCUUCACUUACUACAGCAAUCAGCAUCUUUUGCGCAGCUCUACUGCAGCCACAAAGACAAGUGACAAACGUAGCAGUUCAAAAAAGGAGGACAAAAGUCAUCUGGAGAACUUGCAGAAAAGAGUCUACCAGCUGGAGGAGCAGCUUCACAGUGAGAUGCAGCAGAAGGAUGAGUUGGAACAGAAAUGCAGGACCUCCAACACCAAGAUUGAGAAGAUUAUGAAAGAACUGGAUGAAGAGGCAAACUUGAGGAAAAGCGUGGAGGCAAGCAUGUCUCUGCUGGAGAAGGACAAGAUCAUGCUGCAGCACAGAUUCACAGAGUCCCAAAGAAAAGCUGAUCAAGAGGCAGAAAAAAGACGCAAUUUGGAAAAUGAAGUGUCCACUUUAAAGGAGCAACUUGAAGACAUGAGGAAGAUUAGCCAGAACUCGCAGGCUUCAAAUGACAAGAUUGCACAGCUGCAGAGUCAGUUGGAAGAGGCCAACGACUUGCUCCGGGCAGAGUCGGACACUGCGGCGAGGCUGAGGAAGAACCACACCGAGAUGGCAAAGUCCAUGAGCCAGCUGGAGAGCUUGAACCGGGAGCUACAGGAGAGGAGCCGCGCUGCUGAUGGGGAAAAGGCGCAGUUGGACAAGGAGCUCCUGCUUCUUCAGAGCACAUUGGACUCUGAGAGGAGGAACUACAGCCUGGGCUCAGAGGAGAUCCGGGACCUGCAAGCAAGGAUGGCAGGACUUCAGGAGGACAACAAAAACUUAAAGCUCACCGUCUCCAAAGUGGAGGCAGAGCGCAAACAGGCCCAGGAGAGAAGCAAUAACUUGGAGAAGGACAAGAACAACCUGGAAAUAGACCUGAACUACAAACUAAAGACCAUGCAGCAACGUCUGGAGCAGGAGCAGACUGAGCACGGGGUGACACGUGCACAGUUGACUGACAAAUACGAGUCCAUCGAAGAGGCUAAAUCGGCAGCCAUGAAUGCUGUCCAGGUGAAGAUGUCAGAAGAGAAUGGAGCAAGGAUGCGAGCAGAGAGUCGCGUGGUGGAGGUGGAGAAGCAGUGCUCCAUGUUGGAGUUUGACCUCAAGCAGUCCGUGCAGAAAAUGGAACAGCUGAUGAAGCAGAAGGAAAGGCUGGAGGAUGACCUGAAGAAUCUGAGGAUACAAGUGGAGCAGGAGUCCAGCAAGCGCGUCCUGGCCCAGAAUGAGCUGAAGACCAGGAUGCAGGAGGUCGAUCGGCUACGGUGUUCAGAGAAGCAGCUCAAACAGGAGAUCAACACGGCGCUGGAAAGCAAACGCUCGCUGGAGUUUCAACUGGCGCAGCUGACAAAACAAUACAGAGGCAACGAAGGACAGAUGAGGGAGCUGCAGGACCAGCUUGAGGCUGAACAGUAUUUUUCUACGCUUUACAAAACUCAGGUUAAAGAGCUGAAAGAGGAAAUAGAGGAAAGGAACCGGCAGGUACAAGAAACUCAUAAAAAAGUGCAGGAGCUGUGCAGUGAAAGGGAGUCCCUGUCUGCUCAGCUGGAUCUGACCGUGACGAAGGCGGAGUCGGAACAGCUGGCCCGGGCACUUCAGGAGGAGCAGUACUUUGAGCUCAGUCAAGAGAGCAAGAAGACGGUCACGAGACACAAGCAGGAGAUUUUAGACAAGGAAGCGACUAUUGCAAGACUUGAGGAUUCCUAUAAAACUCUGACCAAAGAUGUGGAGAAUCUCACCAAAGAGAAGGCAGAGUUAAAUGAGAAGCUAAGCACUCAGGAGGAGGAAUAUGCAGCUCAGAAGGAGGAGAUUGCAAAUACAAUUAAAGCCAACUAUGAGAAGAUCCUCAACACAGAGCGCACUCUGAAGACCCAGGCGGUGAACAAGCUGGCCGAGAUAAUGAACCGAAAGGACAUGAAGCUGGACCAGAAGAAAAAGGGCAGCACUGCUGACCUGCGGAAGAAAGAGAAGGAGAACCGAAAGCUGCAGCUGGAGCUCAACCAGGAGAAGGAGAAGUUUAACCACAUGGCCAUCAAGUAUCAGAAGGAGCUGAGUGAGAUGCAGGCGCAACUGGCAGAGGAGUGCACGUACCGCAACGAGCUUCAGAUGCAGCUGGACAGUAAGGAGAGUGACAUUGAGCAGCUGCGGGAGAAACUCAACGAUCUGCAACAGCGCAUGGACAAUUCCAGCAUCACCAGCCUGCUGACGGAUGAGACAGAUAGCAACAUUGCAGAAUCCAGACUGGAGGGCUGGUUGUCCAUUCCUAACCGCACUAAUAUUAAGCGAUACGGAUGGAAGAAGCAGUAUGUUGUGGUAAGCAGCAAGAAGAUCUUGUUCUACAAUGAUGAGCAAGAUAAAGAGCAGUCCAACCCUUCUAUGGUACUAGAUAUCGACAAACUGUUCCACGUGAGACCAGUGACACAAGGAGACGUGUACCGAGCUGAGACUGAAGAGAUUCCCAGAAUAUUCCAGAUCCUGUACGCCAACGAGGGCGAGUGCAGGAAAGAGGCAGACAUCGAGGCGGUCCCCCAGGGAGACAAGGCCAACUGUCUCCCACACAAAGGCCACGAGUUUAUCCCCACCUUAUAUCACUUCCCUUCCAACUGUGAGGCCUGCUCCAAGCCGCUGUGGCACGUUUUCAAGCCGCCACCGGCCCUUGAGUGCCGCCGCUGCCAUGUCAAGUGCCACAAGGACCACCUGGACAAGAAGGAGGAUGUCAUCGCUCCUUGCAAAGUUAACUACGACGUGACCUCUGCCCGGGACAUGCUCCUGCUGGCCUUGACCCAAGACGAGCAGAAGAAGUGGAUUGGCCAUCUUGGAAAGAAGAUACCCAAAACCCCUCCCACCACAUUUUCGAGAGCCUCACCUCGAUCCAUGUCCACUCGCCCCGGGCCCAACCAGUCCUUCCGCAAAAACCCUAAAAGCAAUACAGCAAAACUGAGCAGAGCGCAGUCCAGCCUCCACGCAGCAGACACAACAUCCAGCACUUGUUGACAGGAGAUGCUUCGUCAGAAAAGUGCUGAUGUCUUUUAUAGCGUUACCUAUUUAUUAUUAUUAACUGGGUGUUUCUAACACGAGACACUUGGUGGCUGGCUGUUUGGUUGUCACGUGGGAUUCUUCUCUGGCUAAUGUUUUGUUUGGAUCCAUGACUAACUUACUGUGAAACACACCAAGGGGUUUUCUUAUGUCACCUUUGCAGUGAUAUGCAAAGAGAUGUUCAGGGUGUCGCAUUUGUCACGUUUCUUCUCGUACGGUCUACUAACCAAGCUCAAGGCAUUUGUGUUGUCUCUCUUUCACUGGACACAUGUCUUUGUUUCUUUCAGCUAACCGUCUCAACCGUUGGAUUUGUUGUUUCUGGACUGUUCCUAUACUUUCCCUCCCUCCCCUCCUUCCUCAUGCAUUGUGUUGAGCACCGUAUUAGCAAAUAAGCAAGACACAAAGGCGUGAUGGACUUUGAGAGAGGCCUGAAUAACCCACCCAACCCCAACAUCCUGCAAGUCCAUCACUGUCUCGCAGCUCUACAUUUCUACCAGAAGAGGGCACCAUCGUCCUGAAGGCCAAACUUGAAUGAAACGUCAAGCUGGACAGGACACGCGGAGACAGUCUUUUUGAAAUACCUGACACUUGUGGUGGACAGUUGGACAGAAAGGGGUGUUUGCUGGGACUUUAAGGUACUGUCAUCCAGGGAUUACAGUGAUUGUAUCUCAGGGGUGGACAAAUGGAAUAACACGCCUGACAAGAUCCUGGCGUUAAAUGCAAACUAACUUCCGUUCAACAAACAUGACUGAUGCCUUCAUCUAUAAUUCUCUCUCUGGCCUUUUUAAAAAAAUUUGUACCACUCUCCAAGUCAAGUUUUUUUCAGAUUUGGAACAGAGUAUUUGGGACGUGAGUAUUAGAUGUUUUUUGCGUGAGGAGCAUGUAAGAUCAUCAUUUAAAUCUAUGCAUUAUUUUAUUCUAAUUAUUUUUAUUGCUCCAAGCCAUAAAUAAGGAAGCUUCCAUUGUAAUGGCAUAUAGGAGUCCUAAAACUUCCAUCACUUUUUGUUUAUUUGGUACAUUGUCUUGUGAUAUGUAUUUUUUUUUCAUGUUUUUUUUUUUUUGUAAUGUAUUGCCUUACAUUGACUCAUAGAUAAAUGGUUCAAAAAGGAAAGCGUUAAGUUAACAAAUGUAAAACUGCACUGUUUGAAUUGUAAAUUAUUUGAAGAAGACUAAACAGGUGUAGCAUUUGACCCACCUAGUGCCUUAUUAGCCUUUCGGAUAUUGAUUUUACUGCCAUAUCUUUUUUUUUCUCCCCUCGUCCAAAACGAGACAAAUCAUAACGCUUCCAUCUUGUUACUUUUUUUUUUUUAACUGCCAUACAUGUGUGGUUUUAUUGUAAUUUGCUUUCUCUGGUUUGAGUAUAUAAAAUAUAUAUAUAUAUUAGAUUACCUCGUUUUGGACACAUUGCAAUGAAAUUAUAUAAUUAUAAAAAGGCCCAAGACUCCAUUCAUAUCAUGAUUAGGGGAUGGUCUACUUAAAAAGAAGCCACAUUGUCUUUAUUAACACGCUAAGGUCCUGUUAAUGCAAAACACCCCCUCUGUGUAAAUAAUGAAAGAGAGAGACAUAUGGAUUAUGGGAUUUACCUCCACAUAAAAAAAAACUUUUUGUUCAGUUAAAAGAGAAGAAAAAAGCACUGGAACUCUGAUCUACUCUGGUCUUGGAUAAUUAAGUUGCAUGGUUUAUUUGCAUUGGAGUCCGCACUGAUGGAUAUGUCAAUAAACAUAUCUUUAUCAUUCA